AUGCGCUGCGGCCUGACCUUCGACGACAAGCGACACGACUUCAAAAGCGCACCCCCUAGUGCGACCUCCUCAUUUCAUCAAUCUCAGCAGCUCACCGAGCUCUGUAGCUUAGGUAUCAGCCGAAAGUCGUCUUCCAGGAAACGCAGAUCUCCGGAUAAAGGGAUGCAGGCGUCCAAACGAUCGCGUUCCAUCGGUCAGCUGUCGAGGGAUACCCAGCAGGAGAACGACCUAACUUUCUCAGUUCAGUCGGCGCGCAAGCCGAGCCUCUUUGACAGGAAUAGCGAGGAACUCUACGACAACUGUGUCCUCCGCUGUCUGGUGAUCUCGCCCGCUGGGCGGCCGAUCUACAGGUACGAGUCACCCUUAGAACUGCUCACGGCGCUUCGCGAUGCAAUAAAGGCGCAUCGGUCUUUUUACCUGGAUGGGAACAUCCUACAUCGGGAUAUUUCGGAGAACAACAUAAUAAUAACCGAUCCGGAAAAGGCGAAUGGUCACUCCGGCAUGCUGAUCGAUCUGGAUCUUGCCAAGGAAGUCGGUAGCGGGCGAAGCGGCGCACAGCACCAGACCGGCACGAUGGAGUUCAUGGCGAUCGAGGUGCUGCUUAAUAUCGACCACACCUAUCGACAUGAUCUUGAGUCGUUUUUCUACGUGCUUAUCUGGCAGUGUGCCCGUCACGGUUGGGAAAAAUUAAAUGAGCUACAGAGACAGGGACAGGACCCGCCCAAAGACAGCAUGCUGAGAGAAUGGUAUACCGGAACUUAUAAGGAAAAUUGCAACUUAUAA